ACAAUGUUAUUGUUUUUCCAAGUGGUUCUGCUUUUGAAAACUAUCCCGACUUUAGUUGCUGUCAAGCAGUGCCAACGUUAAGAGUUCGGUAGAAUGCCUGGCGAAAAAUUGGAUGCCAUUAUUUUUGGAGCCAGUGGUUUUACGGGCAAAAUUGUCGUUGAAGAUGCUGUGGAAAUUCUCAAGGACUUCAAAUGGGGCAUCGCUGGAAGAAAUGAGAGCAAAUUAAAACGUGUCUUAGAAACGAUUGGCAAGAAAAUGGAUCAGGAUUUAAGUCAUAUUCCGGUGAUAAUUGCCGAUGUGGAUAAUCAAUCGUCCUUGGAAGCCAUGGCCAAGAAGUGUAAGAUCGUUCUAAAUUGCUGUGGCCCAUUUCGCCUGUACGGCGAGGCGGUGGUAAGGGCCUGUAUUGAUGCUGGCACGCAUCAUGUCGACAUAACGGGCGAACCACAAUAUGCCGAUAUUAUCCAGCUGAAAUAUAAUGAAUUGGCUCAACAGAAGGGAUCCUAUGUUAUACCCACCUGUGGAUUUGAAAGUAUACCAGCUGAGAUGGGAGUACUUUAUGCGGAGCUGAAUCAUCCAGGCACCCUCAAUUCCGUUGAAUUGUAUUGGGAAACCAAACUGAAUUAUGUCGACAAAUCGUCAAAGGCGAUCUUGCACAGUGGCACCUGGGACAGCAUUGUCUACUAUAUGCAACAUGCCAGGGAAAUUGCCACGCUGCAGAAGCAAUUGAAUUGUGAACGAAUUCGACCAACGAAUCCCAAAUUGGUAAUGAAAUCCCGAAUCCACCAGAUUGAUGGUGUGAAGAGCUACUUUGUGGCAAUGCCAACAGCUGCUUGUUAUAUGGUCCAGAGAUCCCAACGUUUGCUCAACUUGUGUGAAGGCAAGCGUCCCAUACAGUUUGGAACCUACAUUGGAUUUAGUACCUUCUGGUGGGCCCUUCUCUUCCCCAUUCUGCUGACCAUCGGUUACAUUUUGGCCAUGUUCGAGUGUACACGUGAAUUACUGCUGAAAUAUCCUCACAUUUUCUCAUUUGGUUUCAUGACCCACGAAGGACCGGUCGAGGCAAAUCGUAAAGCCAUUGAAUUCAAUUAUAUCCUCAAGGCAAGAGGUUGGUAUCAAAGCACACCCCACGAUCCAGAUCCAACGUAUGAGGUUGUGGUACGGAUAUCGGCCAAAGAUCAUUAUUACGGGGUGACCAGUAAAGCACUGCUGCUGUGUGCAAGGACUAUUCUAACCGAGAGGGCUAAAAUGCCGGGAAAUGGCGGCGUAAUACCACCGGGUUAUGCUUUUUACAAAACCAGCCUCUUGCAGGAGAUUUGUAGCGGAAAAUAUGGUUUGAAAUUUGAAAUAUUGUAAAUGAUAGAAAUAAAAUUUAUAGAUUUUUUUGAAACUGAGCAAUAA